AUGGUGGGGCAUAUAUUGGGAGGGAUUGCCACCUCUCUCCUCUUUUUAGCCUUCGAAUCAUGGCUUGUUGCUGAACACAACAAGAGAGGUUUUGAGCAACAAUGGCUAUCAAUUACAUUGUCCAAGGCAAUAUUUCUUGGGAAUGGACGGGUUGCCAUUUUAGCUGGUUUAUUUGGAAAUCUUUUAGUUGGUUCAUUGUCCAUGGGACCUGUUGCUCCAUUUGAUGCAGCUUCAAUCUUUCUUGCCAUUGGAAUGGCCAUCAUCAUAUCAUCAUGGACUGAAAAUUAUGGUGACUCAUCAGAAAGUAAAGAUCUAAUGACCCAAUUCAGGGGUGCUGCUGUUGCAGUUGCAUCAGAUGAAAAUAUAGCAUUAUUGGGUGCAAUACAAUCUUUAUUCGAGGGUUCAAUGUACACUUUUGUGUUUCUACAGACACCUGCUUUAAUCCCAAAUGGUCCACACAUUGUUAAAAGGAUUGGAAAAGAUAGUUGCAAGUGCAGAUAUUCCAAUGUUGAUCUCUAUGGCCUGCUAGAAGGAUUGGAUAUUGCAGUUAAGCAUCUAUCUAAGACUUCACGGAAAGGACUUGAUGAAUAUAUGCUAGCAAUGUUUUACUUGAUUUGGACAUGAACAAGACUCAAGCAAAAGCAAGACUCAUACUUUGGCAUGGCUAGAAGCUUUGGAGGAAACAAGACUCAAGCAAAAGCAAACACACAGAGAGUUGUUAAUUGGCACAUAGGAAGCUAGAUAAUGCAAUUGUAUAUAAAUUCUACUUCUCUUGAGUUCAUUUCUUUUAUUACAAUUACUCAAUAUUGGAAUAAUUAUUUUUAUUUGACAUAUUAGUGAAAUGAAUUAUCUUUGUUAUUUAUGGUA